CGGGCCGGAUUUGCCAUCAAAUUUCGCGGACCCCUCCGCUAAUGCCUGGAAUCUUGGACAGACCCAACCACCAUCGCCGCCGUCGCCAAAGCUUCAUGCCCAUGAGCAGCGAGAGCCCGUUGUCCGAAUCGGCGCCAAGCACAGGCGAGCAGAAGCGCAUCAAUCAUUCGGUAACCAGACCGGUCGACACCCUCCGCGUAAAACGAUUCGAGGCCCGAAGCGAACCAGACGUGCCGUCCGCGAAGCGUCAGAAGAAGGACAUCACGCACCCAUACGGCCAGAGCAGCCCUUAUUUUCAAAGAGCAGCCAAGGGCAGUGGCAUCCACGAGGUUCUGAUAGACGACGAUACAGUCGACAACAGAAGCAUUUCAAGUGCGGGAAACACAGGCACCAGCAGUUUGGCUUUGCGCGAAUAUCGCAACUUGGACAACAUACUUCAGACGAGCAAGAAACCGGCGCGACGACGUAAAAGCCGGACCCUUCCAAAUUCGAGUUCGCCAUUGCAUGGUGCGGCUAACACCAGGCCUGACUACCAACGACCUCCUGCAAAACGAAAUCUUAUUUCUAUACAAGACAGCCCAGAUGCUCUCGGUGCCCACGACCUUGACGCUGGACCCUCGAACAUAGUGUCUGAUCUCUAUACACACUCCUCCACAAAAAGGGACCGACCCUCCCGACUCGACUUUUCCAGGCCUCAGUUCAAACGUCACAAGCCUUCGACGACGAGAGAACCCAUAGAUAUCUCGGAGGACGAACUUCAAGCCGAUCCCACGAAGCGCGGAGGAGCAAGCAACUCGAAGGGCGCAAACUCACGAUCCUCUGACACUUCUGGCGCCCCCACCAAGAAUCCCAUGAGAGGCGACAUACGGCCUACAGAUUUUGGGAAACCCUCGCGCUGCUCAUCGGCCAAAAGCAUGAAAAGGAAAGCCGAGAAGGCAUUCACUGAAGCAAGGAAUUGGAUAGCUUCAAAUGCCACUUCCAAAACCAACAACCGGGCACUCACCAGGGACAAGAAGGAAGAGGAUGCCAUCCCAGCGCCAUCUAGUCCAGAGCGACGCUCAGGAUCGAACAGACCAAAGCUAAUAGACAGUCUCAUGCAAUCAGCUAAGACGCCCGACGACUCCUUGGCCGCUCAACGCGCUGAAGAGGAGUCUGGCUUUGGGUUCGACUUUCGUCGGUUGACAAGGUCGUACGCCCCGUCCACGCGCCAUCGUAUGCCAUCUCCAGACACCUGGACAACGCUGCAUCCAGAUUGGCAUGAGUCGUGGCAGGCACCGCUUAUAUUUCCCCUUACCGGGAAGAAUAGAGCGACGGUGGACAAAGUCGACAUUCCCAGACUGGACGAGGGAGAAUUUUUGAACGACAAUCUCAUCAACUUCUACAUCCGCUACCUUGAACACAAGCUGGAAAAGGAAAGGCCUGAACUACUACGCAAGAUCUAUUUCUUUAGUACCUUCUUCUUUGAGAAGUUGAAGUCUACAAAGGGCAAGAUAAACUACGACGGCGUCAAAUCGUGGACGGCAAAGGUAGACUUGCUCUCUUACGACUACAUCAUCGUGCCGGUCAACGAAAAUGCUCACUGGUAUCUGGCUAUCAUCUGCAAUGUCCCCAACGCAGCCAAAUCCGUCUCGGAGGAGAAGGAGAGGGAGGGGUCAGCGACUCCGAUGCCAGAUGCCAUAGAGGUGACGGAUUCCCGCAGCUCCCCCAACAUGUCAACGGUCGAACGGGAUUUGACCGAAAUUUCUUUGAACGAUGGAACUGCGGCGACGGCAGCACCAAGGGAAGAGGCGGAUGAUGCUUCAUCGCGCGGCGGGAGAGCUUCAUCAGUUGCGCGGUUCACCCCUCUUAAGAAGAGGAAGCCCACGGGCUCUACGCAGUCCAAGCUUGACCCUACGCAACCGAGGAUCAUCACUCUUGACUCGCUUGGUAAUGCUCACGCCCCCACCUGCAAGGCGCUGAAGGAAUACCUGAUUGAGGAAGCAAAGGCAAAGAAGGGAAUCGACUUGACAACCGUUCCCGCUGGCAUGACAGCAAGAGGCAUUCCGGAACAGGACAACUAUUGCGACUGUGGCGUCUUCAUACUGGCGUACAUGGAAGAGUUCCUGGCGAACCCCGAUGAGGCAGCACGUAAGCUCCUGAUGAAGGAAGAACUUGGGUGGGACAUUCGUCCUACCCAUAUACGAAACAAAGUCAGAGAGCUGCUAUUUGAGCUUCAAGCUGAACAGCAAGAGCGUCACAAGCAGCUGGAGGAAGAAAAAAGACUCCGCAGGGCGAAGAGAAAGUCCCUGUCAGAAAUGACCGAGGCUUCCUCACCGCUUAAGCCUAUAACAUUGUCGCCCCCAGCACCCAAGAUACCCGGCUCUUUCCCAUCAGAAUCUCCAGAGAGGAAGUCAGCGUCAGAGGCGGCUCCAUCAUCGCCAGAAUCUGUGCAAGAGGUUGACAAUCUGGAAGGCGGUGGCUCGAAUGGUGAAGCAUCAGAUCAAGUUGCAGAAGUUGCAGAAGUUGCAGAAGUUGCAGAAGUUGCAGAAGUUUCAGAAGCUCAGCCAAAGGGGAAGCCAUACGAAGGCCCCAAGUUCGUUAGCCCUCUGUCCUUCGACAAGGACAAGAAGAAGAUCGUCGUCGAGCUGAAACCCCCAAAAGGCUUUGACAGGAGCGAGUUUGUCACCUCGUCCGACGAUGUCCAGAUUGUGAAGGAGACGUCAGCUUCUCCAAGCGAGCACAAAGGUAGCUCAAACACGACUGCAAAACGCCGACGCCGACGCUCUUCUGUGGAAGAGGUGGAGGCACCAAUGGUGCGACCAGCUUCCUCUUCUCGGAUGCAGAAACAAGGAAACAAGUCCUCUACCAAUCUCCCGUCACGGCUCGCCGGACAGGCCAUUGAAUGCAUUGAAUCCGAUGACGAUCAACCGAAGUACGAUGGCAUUGACAGGUCCAGCAAACCGAUUGAGGCUAUAAUAUUCUAA